GUGUAGAGAUAGUACUAUAAAAAUAUUCAUCAACUUUUUUUUCACUUUCCCACCGUGGAAAUAUAACCGUACAUCAUGUUUGUUAUUCAGUUUGAUAAUUUCACCUGAGGUGGUUUUAUCUUUCAAGGAAUACUACAUGUGAUUAAUUCGACAAAAAAGGGAGAAAAAAAAAAAGUUUUCCAACUCUAGGAAUGUUGGAUAGAAGAGCAGUAGCCGAUGUUCGCUGCUAUAAUUUCAUGAUUGAAGUCGCAUCCUUCAAAAUCGAGGAAGACCGCACGAGGCAUGGAUUAGUUCCUUUAAACUAUGCAUCCUCUGUCUUUGACUAUUCUGUUUGGAAUACUUCGAGUUUGCAUCGGGGACGGUUACUUUGAGUUGCAGAUUUUGUCGCUUCAGAAUUCGCGCGGGGAAUUGGCGGAUGGCACGUGUUGCGACGGUACCCGGGAUGCGUCAGGCACGUGUAAAGAUAGCUGCGAAACCAAGUUUGAAAUCUGUUUGAAGGAGUAUCAGUCGUUUGUUAGGGAGACCAGCGCGUGCACUUUUGGAAAUAUUUCAACUUCAGUUCUCGGUGGAAAUUCUUUUAGAUAUCCACCCGAAAGUUCCCAGACGAGACAGAGAUUACCCUUUAACUUCGCUUGGACGAGAUCAUACACACUGGUAGUGGAAGCAUGGGAUCAGGACAGGCUAAGGAACGGGGCAUUACAUAAUGCUGGUCUGAUAGAGAGAGUUGUCAACCUGGGCAUCAUUCUGCCCGGGCUCGACUGGCACACGAUCAUACACAAUGGACCGACGUCCAGUCUGACAUUCCGCAUACGAGUGCUAUGUGAUGAACACUACUACAACACCACAUGCACCAAAAUCUGCCGCCCACGCAACGAUCUCAUUGGACACUACACCUGCGAUGCAAAUGGAGACAAAGUUUGCCUCGUUGGCUGGAUGGGGCAGGAGUGUGAAACAGCAAUCUGCAGGACAGGUUGCCACGCUGUUCAUGGUUCGUGCCAACAACCAGGCGAAUGCAGGUGUGCCUAUGGCUGGCAGGGCUCAUUCUGUGACCAGUGCAUUCCAUACCCAGGCUGUAAGCACGGCUCCUGUAAUGGGUCGCCAUGGCAGUGUGUUUGCAAUCUCAACUGGGGAGGCAUUUUGUGCGAUAAAGAUUUGAAUUUCUGUGGACGUCAUCACCCAUGUCAUAAUGGUGGCCUGUGUCGCAACACUGCCCCAAACAAGUACCAGUGCACCUGUCACAAAGGAUUUUCUGGCAAGAACUGUGAAAUCGCGGAACAUGCAUGUGCGUCCAAUCCAUGCAGGCAUGGAGGAUCAUGUGUGUCCACCACACGUGGGUUUGUGUGCAACUGUCCCCCAGGCAGAACCGGACACCUGUGUGAGAAAGAUGUGGACGACUGUGCACUUCAGCCGUGCCUCCAUGGCGGGACAUGCGUGGACGGUAACAACUCAUACAUGUGUCAGUGUUCUGAUGGCUGGAAGGGCCCUCACUGUCAGCUGGACGCCGACGAAUGCAGUGGGAGUCCGUGUGUGUACGCCUUCGCAUGUCAGAACCUCGUCGGAGAUUUCUCGUGUGACUGCCAGCCUGGCUGGACAGGCAAGAAAUGCGACAUUAAUAUCAAUGAAUGUGAUGGGAUUACCUGUGAAAAUGGAGCUUCAUGUGUGGAUCUUACCAAUGGCUACUACUGUCUCUGUGCGGCGGGUUACACUGGGAAGUGGUGUGAAGUGGACAUCGAUGAAUGCGACAGUAACCCGUGCUGGAACGGAGCCACGUGUCACAACCAGCUCGCCUCCUACUACUGUCAGUGUCCCAAGGGAUUCACUGGCAUCAACUGCCAGAUGGAUGUUGAUCCCUGCAACCCGAACCCUUGUAAACAUGGCUCUAGCUGCUUUAACAUCCAGGGAGACUUCUACUGCCACUGUCAGGAUGGGUUUGAUGGCAAGGACUGUUCCCUGCCACAAGCUCGCUGCGAUUCCAGAUCAUGUGAAGUUAUCGACAGUUGCACGAUAUCGAUCCCAUCUAACGACUCAGUUGGCGGUUUUCGUCUGGUGUCAUCCAACGUGUGUGGACAUCAUGGCUUGUGUAUCAGUCAACCGAAUGGAGGAUUCUCGUGUGCCUGUGAAUCUGGUUAUAUGGGAGCUUACUGUCACCAGAAUAUUGAUGACUGUGCCAGCAACCCCUGUCAGAACCAAGGGACGUGUAUCGAUGGUGUAAACUCUUACCAGUGUAUUUGUGCAGAGGGAUGGGAGGGAACCCUUUGCAACAUAAAUCGAGAUGAGUGUUUCCCCACUCCGUGUCGUAAUGGAGGAAUUUGCCGAGACUACAUUGGGGAGUUUGUGUGUCAGUGUGUUGAUGGGUGGAAGGGAAAAACCUGCACACUCAGAAACAGCCACUGUAGUGGGUUGACGUGUGGUAAUGGAGGAAGCUGCAUAGAUCUGGGAGACACGUUCACUUGUCAGUGCAGCGAUGCCUGGGAAGGAAACACAUGUCAACUGCGGGCCAUCCAUGCUUGUGAUUCAUCUCCAUGUAACAAUCACGGCACUUGUGUCAACAGUGGUGACAGUUUCACGUGUAUCUGUAAGGAAGGAUUCGAAGGAACGACGUGUGAUGUCAACAUUAAUGACUGCAAUCCAUUCCCAUGUUACAAUGGCGGCAAGUGUAUUGAUGGAACCAACUGGUAUGUCUGUGAUUGUGCUGAAGGAUUUUCUGGUCCUGAUUGCCGAGUCAACAUCAAUGAAUGUGCAUCGAGUCCGUGUACAUACGGUAGUACGUGUAUUGAUGGAAUUGGACAGUUCAAGUGUAUUUGUCCUCCUAGUCGUACUGGAGACCGGUGCCAAACAGUAAUUGGUCAGCUUCCAUCACCAAAGUCGUGUGUACACAAUCGGCGGAUCUACCCAGACAAGACCGUGUGGGAACAUGAGUGUAAUUCGUGUGUGUGCAACAAUGGAAAAGUCACCUGCACAAAGAUCUGGUGUGGUCCUCGGAAUUGCCUGCCACACCCCAACGUGACAGAACCUGUGGCUAAAUGUGCCGAGGACGAGACGUGUGUUGUCCAGACAUUGGAGACCUGCUUCAUCCCCCCUUGUCUACCCUGGGGGCAGUGCAAGCUGGUAGAGAGGAUCCAGGACCCGAAACCACCAGGGGCACAGACACCCUGCAUCCCCAAUGCUGCCACACUUAGUAAUAACUGUGCUAAGAUUACUCUCUUCUUCGACAAGUCGAAAAUGCCAAUGGGUGUGUCUGUUGAUGGCAUCUGUAAAUCAAUUCGACAGCUCACAGUGCUGAGGAAACUGAGCAAUCUCCACUCACUGUUUAUCCAGUGUGGUAUCAAGGACGGGCACACUGAUGCUGUGGAAGUUACGUUUUCCACUUUGGGAGAUGUGAACCAGUUAGAUCCAGUGCUUCAGAGUGCUACAGACAAGGUAGCUGAUACCCUGAGUCAUAAACAGAGCAACAGUAGUGCUCUGUCUGCUGUGGUGGAAAUUAGGGUGGAAACAACUGUUGUGAACAAUGCUGGCAAAGGCUACCUGAUUCCACUAGUGUGUUCUCUGAUGGGACUGGCUGGUAUCGUAAGCAUCAUUGGACUUAUUGUGUGGCAUAAUAAAAAAACUAAGUUACGCCGCCGUCGUCAUAGUUACAUAGAUGACCAAAAGACAAACAAUGAAAACGAAGACAAUAUUCGGAGGUACCGCAAUCCACUGUUUGGUACGGACAAAGGUGGGGGGACAUCGAAACGCAUAUCGGCGACCGAACUUCACGACAUCAACAUAGAAAAAUACGAGAAAAGUCCGAGACGGAAGCAGUCGCCCACAGACUCAACAGACUUCAAUGACUAUAGGGAAAACACGUCCCACGCUAAAACAUCACACAAGAAAGAUAUAAACAUUGAAAUCGAUAUCUCAAGAACACUGGCAGCUGAUCGGGAAGUUAUCGUCUAGCAGGAGUUUGUGGGAAGAAAGUGUUUCCAGAUUCCUUUUCAUCAUUUUGGUGCAGUUUUUUCAUUUUUCACAGUUCAUGUAUCAGCUUCAUUGGCCAUUUUGUGUUGUGUUCAAAGCCUACUGUUUUCUGGUGCGACUGGGCACCGUAGGGGAUAGAACCGAACAGCUACGUGUGUGACACAGUGUGACACGUAUUGAUGUGUGUGUUGUGUUAAUGUUGUCAGCUACUGGAGAAAAGCUGAUUGGCUAUUUGCGUUACACUUUUUUUUUUUUUUUUUUCUUUUUUUAACGUGACUCCAGGUUGAAUUUUUGCCACAUUAUGGCUGGUUGUGUGAUGGUGUAGUUUUUGCAAAAGUAGCUACAACAUUUUCAGUGUUUUAAAAGCUUGAUUCUGAAUGUCACUUCAGGCAGCUGAAUGUUUUUGAGUAUUAAUGAAACCAACAAACAAGGGCAGCCCAAUUUAAUUGUGCUUCAGUUUUAUUGCUCCAUCAUGGAUGGGUUUGCUAUGUGGGCAAAAAACCCAAACCUAAUCUAGUAAUAAUAAAAUAAAGAAUGCCAAUUACAGGCACGUUUGCAGGAAUUUUUGCAGGGUAGGGAAGGGGAUUAAAUUGGAACAGACAUCACUAAUGGAACUUUGUUCAAUAUACAUAAUUUUUAAAAACCCAACUUUUUGUUUGGGAGGUGGACUGACCUUGGACAUUAAUAUGGUGGCAGCGUUCAUUGAUUUAAAUACAACAACAUCGUUUGAGAUUUUCCUAGUAGCAAAGAAAUUGGAAGCACAAAAUUAACUUGGGUUGUCCUAAGCCAGUUUCAACUGGUACACUAGAACAGCGUGCAUUUAUCAUCAUUUGCAUUUAACGUGUCAUUUUAAGGACCUGUUUUGACUAAGCAGCGAAUCGUUAGCUUAAACACAUAUAUUACACAUCAAGCCAUUGGCCAUCCAGGCAACCAAUCAUACAGCAGGGCAAUUCAUUUCAUGGCAUCCGCCAACUUGUGAGCCAAUCAUAUUUCAUAACACAUUCACAUUCUCAUAGAAAUUGCCAAUCUGUAGGCAGCUAACACAAUCAAAUAUCAAAUCAUCAUUACAUGUGUAUUUCUGUCUUAAUGUAUGUUUUUAUCUUUGUGUCGGUGAGAUCUUUUUCAAAUUCUUUUUAAAGUACUAUUGGUGAAAUGUGAUUCACCACAAUCUAGCCAGGCAGCAAUUCAUAACAAUAAAUGGUGGCCAUUAAAGGGAGAUAAUGGACUUUACUUUUAUAACACAUUUGUACAAAAUUGUGUUUAUGAUCUUUAAAAAUUAUAUUAUGCAAUUUUAAUAUUUGAACGUGGAACAUCAAACUACAUGGACUGAAAAAAAGCACAAUAAAAAGCAUCUACUUUACAUUUUCAUAAGUUGUAAAAUAAUAAGCUAUAAUAUUUAUUUCAUUUCAUUACUGUUAUUGCUAAAAUUGCAAUUAUGACCAUUAGAAAUUGUCAAAUAUUUAAGAUUAUCUAUAUAUUUUUGUCUAUAAAAAUAUAAUUUUUUGUUUUUUAUUUGUAAUACCUUUAACCUUUUAACUCAUUACAUGUAUAUUCAAAAAAAAAAAAAAGGUUUUACUGCCAGGUACAAAUACAUAUCUAGCAAGUCAUUUAUGUCCCUUUAAUUGAGCUGAUCAACAUCGGUGCUUUUCUGUUUGCAGGGCAAUAAUAAAAGACACAAGUACAGUCUAGAUUACACCAUCUGAUAUUCAUAAAGUACUAUGGUCUACAACUAAUAAUUUAACAUACAUUUUAAAAGAAAUCAUUAGUAGGACUAAGAGUGCUCAUUUGGUAUUAGAAUGCAAAAUAACCCAAAGUGAUUAAUCCAGGAGUCAUCACAUGACAAGUUCUUUAACCAAUGAGAAACAUUGUCUUUCUUCAUUGGAUCCUGUGACUCAUCACAUGACCAAUUCUUUAACCAAUGAGAAAUGUUGUCUUUUUUCUUAGGAUCCUGGGACUCAUCACAUGACGAGUUCUUUAACCAAUGACAUAUUGACUUUUUUCAUAGGAUCCUGGGACUCGUCACAUGACCAAUUCUUUAACCAAUGAGAAACACUGUCUUUCUUCAUAGGAUCCUGGGACUCGUCACAUGACCAAUUCUUUAACCAAUGAGAAACGCUGUCUUUCUUCAUAGGAUCCUGGGACUCGUCACUUGACCAAUUCUUUAACCAAUGAGAAACACUGUCUUUCUUCAUAGGAUCCUGUGACUCAUCACAUGACCAAAUGUACCAAUUAACCAAUGAGAAACACUGUCUUUCUUCAUAGAUAGGAUACUAUGACUGCACAUGACAAGUUCUUUAACCAAUGAAAAAAAUUGUCUUUCUGCAUAGGAUUGCCAUUGUAAACAUAUAUUUUCUCAACAAAGUUAACACUGUUAAAGUUGUUGCUUUGUCUUAAUAUUCAGUGAUAUAGUAGAAGACUGGAAAUAUUAUAUAUGGUUCUCUAUAUAUGAGCCGACGCCAUAUAACCGUAAAUAUAAUGUGUUGAGUGCGUCGUUAAAUAAAACAUUUCCAUCCAUAUAUGAGAUUGACAACCCACUUCAUGUUGAGAAAAUAUACUGAUGGAAAAAUAUAUAGGAACAUUUGAUAGUUGACACCAAAUUUAAUUCACUACUACAGUAGUUAUUGUUGUAUAAAAUACAGAGAUGUAAUGUGGAACUGAAUGUCACUACAGUGGGAUUGACUGCCAGUAAGAUGGUUGACAUCCUGAUACUGUAGACAAGGGUUUAGUUUCAGUCAGUAUUUCCUUAUUUUUUCCAUCAGUAUACCUUGUCAAGUAGGAAAGACCAAAUACUGCCCACCUGAAGACAGAUUUUAAAAUUAAUUCAGUCCAUUCUAGAUAACAUAAAUUAAAUGUGAACAAUAAAUGUUUCUUUUUUUUUGUUUUUGUUUUUCAAAUUAAAACUUUACUAUGAAUGAUUAAUUUUGAAAAUAAUUAAAAACAAUAUAAAUACUAUAAAUACUACUUUUUUGUUCUUGCCAUAAAAGCUCUUAAUUUUCAGUAUUUAUGUAAAAAAAAAAACAGAUUGAGUAAAAAAUAUAGAUGACGUACACAUAGACUAAAUUACAGAUGAUACCAAUCUAUUUAGAAAUUAAUCAAAGGUAGCACUCCAAAAAUUAUAGACCUGCAGUGAAAAAAAACAAUAUAUAAAAUCCUCUUGUAACAUUCUCAUGUUGAAAUGGGGAGUAAAACCUCAUUAUGGAACUUAUGCAAACAUAGAAUUAUUCAAAAUAGUUCGUACCAUGAUAUAGUGCAAAGAUGGCAUGAUUAGAAAAACACCAAUUAUAAGACGGUGAUAAUCUUGGUUUAAAAUAAUACAAUUACUGCUGUAUAUCAUCACAUUACUGUUUUAUUUUCAUGACCUCAUUAACCAUUUUUGUACCGUUGUAUAUAUAAAUUUAUAUUAUAUUAUAUUAUAUGUUGAUGUAUAUGUGGUCUUAUUUAUACAAGAAGGAUGGAAGAUUAUUAUUACGUUGUGUGUUGUUUGUAGCUUGCCAGAAGUUUUGGGCGAGUCUGUGCUAUUGAUUGUUGUCUGUCUGUUAGUCUGUUCAUUGUUAGUCUUGUCAACAGAUUCUUUUCUCAAGGUAUUGGACCAACUGACCUAAAACAUGAUCUUGAUGAUUCUCCCACUUGUUUGGUGUCAAGGUUUUUUCUUGGGUGUUUUUUUUUUUUUAAUGAUCCCCAUCUCAAUUUUAGCAGCCAUCAAAACUGCCAUCUUGCCAAAUUAAGUUCUGUAUUCUGGAUCGUUUGAUAAAGUAUUAUGGUAAUUUUUUGCAAAUCAUUUUUUAAAGACUUGGUUUACUUUAAAAAAAAAAAAAGAAAGUCUAUUAGGAGACUGAUACAGACAUUUUCAUGUCUUCAUUCAUUCAGGUAAAAUGUAAUGG